AUGGCUCUGAAUCUGCGAACCGGACGGCGCGCCCUGAGCGGAGCCCUACGUCCUAUCGUUGCUACUCCCGUCAACCAUGUUUCACGCAGGACAUAUGCGACCGCCGAGCCGGACCUGAAGACGACACUCAAGGAAGCCAUCCCUGCCAAGCGCGAGCUGCUCAAGAAGGUCAAGGCCCACGGCUCCAAGGUCAUCGGCGAGGUCAAGGUCGAGAACACCAUCGGCGGCAUGCGCGGCCUCAAGGCCAUGGUCUGGGAGGGGUCCGUGCUCGACGCCAACGAAGGCAUUCGCUUCCACGGCCGCACCAUCAAGGACUGCCAGAAGGAGCUGCCAAAGGGCAAGACGGGCACCGAGAUGCUGCCCGAGGCCAUGUUCUGGCUGCUGCUGACGGGCAAGGUGCCCUCGGUCAACCAGGUUCGCCAAUUCUCACGCGAGCUCGCCGGGCAGGCCCAACUGCCGGAGUUUGUCAACAAAAUGCUCGACGACUUCCCGCGUGACCUGCAUCCCAUGACCCAGUUCGCCAUCGCCGUGUCAGCCCUCAACUACACGUCUAAGUUCGCCAAGGCCUACGAGCAAGGUCUCAACAAGGCCGACUACUGGGAGCCCACCUUUGACGACUGCAUCUCGCUGCUCGCCAAGCUGCCCACCAUCGCCGCGAAGAUUUACCAGAACGCCUACCGCGGCGGCGGCCCACUGCCCGCCGAGAUCGACCACGAGCAGGACUGGGCCUACAACUUUGCCGCCAUGCUCGGCAAGGGUGGAAAGGAGAAUGAAAGCUUCCAGGACCUUCUCAGGCUGUACCUCGCCCUGCACGGCGACCACGAGGGCGGCAACGUGUCGGCCCACACAACGCACCUCGUCGGCAGCGCCCUGAGCGACCCCUUCCUCAGCUACAGCGCCGGCCUGCAGGGUCUAGCCGGGCCGCUGCACGGCCUCGCCGCCCAAGAAGUCCUCCGCUGGAUCCUCCAGAUGAAGGACGCCAUCCCGUCCUCCUACACCGACGACGACGUCCGCAACUACCUCUGGAGCACGCUCAACUCGGGCCGCGUCGUUCCCGGGUACGGCCACGCCGUGCUCCGCAAGCCGGACCCGCGCUUCGAGGCGCUCAUGGACUACGCCGCCGCCCGCCCAGAGAUUGCGCGCGACCCGGUUUUCCGGUUGGUCCAGAAGAAUAGCGAGAUUGCGCCCGAGGUGCUCAAGCAGCACGGCAAGACCAAGAAUCCCUACCCCAACGUCGAUAGCAGCUCGGGUGUCUUGUUUCAUCACUAUGGCUUCCACGAGACGCUGUACUAUACGGCUACGUUUGGCGUGUCGAGGGGCUUGGGCCCGCUGGCGCAGCUUAUCUGGGAUCGCGCGCUUGGGUUGCCGAUUGAGAGGCCCAAGAGUAUCAAUCUGGAGGGGAUUUUGAGGAUGGUGGAGGGGCAGUAG